AUUUUGCUUCCGCUCCAUUUUAAACAUAAACUGUACUAUACUAAAGCUUUAUCUGCCUACUAGCCCAUCAAAUUUUAAUCUAGUCUGCAGUUUAUUCACUCUAAAAUGUCAGCACAGUUCGCUUAUGCUAAAAAUUUGACCAAAGACCAACCUCCUCCCCAAUGGCGGGGUGAUAUAGAUACGCUGAUGAAGUCGUCCAUCUCAUUAGUAAAAGCUGCUACUCCGCACAUGGAAAACGUCCGCGCAAAAAAACCUCCUGCGUGCUAUGGACGAGUCAAAAACCUCGAGUCCAUGGUUCCUGCUCAAUGGUGGAAGUCUGUAUUUGCAGAUGCCAUGUAUCUAAAAACAGACGGCGAUGUGGUAGAAGAUCCUGAUAUUACUAAAGGCGAGAUUGCUUUACUGGAAGCUAUGCCUGAAAUCAAGCAGAUUAUUCUUCGAGGAAGUCAACCUGACAGUAGCGAUGGCCGCAUUUCUCAAGAAAAACCUGCUCGUAUUCUUGACCUUUGUUGUGGUCAGGGACGUCACUCGCUUCAUCUAGUCAAAGAGUAUCCUCAUCUUUUUGUCCAUGGACACGACCAGUCCUCCUAUCUUAUCUCGCUUGCUCAAGAGCGUGCUUCCUUUCAAAGCGUUACUACCCAGAGCUUUUUCACCGUUGGCGACUGUCGCCAAAUUCCAUACUCUGAAGACACCUUUGAUUUGGUACUAGUUAUGGGCAAUUCAUUUGGCUACUUUUCCAACGAGGACGGUGAUCGUGCUGUACUGGCUGAAAUCAAACGUGUUCUUGCUCCUGGUGGUCGUGUUGUAGUGGAUCUUACAGAUGGAGAAUUCAUGCGCAAUAAUUUUGCUGAACACAGCUGGGAAUGGAUUGACGAUACUACAUUUGUGUGUCGUGAGCGUCAGCUGAGUGAGGAUAGACUCCGACUUAUUUCUCGUGAAAUUAUCACUGUGUCCAGCAAGGGUGUUGUGCGCGAUCAGUUUUAUCAAGAGCGUCUGUAUUCCAAGACUGAGCUUCAGCAGCUUUUUGUCGAGGCUGGAAUGUCUGUUGAUCCUGAAGGUAAAGAGUUUGCAGACAACGGCAUAGUAACCAUUGGCUAUGAUCUCAGCAAAAGAAAGGAGGAUCUGGGUAUGAUGGCACAGCGUAUGCUGGUUACUGCCUUCAAACCCAGAUCGGGUGUUUGCAGUGACUAUACUGCCCUCGAUCUUGACGUGGCUGUCGAAGAUGAUACAACUGCAUCAGGAUUCAUUCCAUCUAAUGACGAUGCAUCUAGCAUUGGAGCCAGUGCCACGACUGUUACUUCUGAAGCUCGAGAGCAUCCUGUUUUGAGCGUUGAUCAGCUGGCGAGAAAUCUAGAUGCCAUUGCUAUUCUUGGUGACAACGAAUCCAAUUUUUUACUUGAAAAGGCAAUCGUUCUCAUGGGGGAUACGUCUAUGCCGUGUGUUGGAAAGCUCGGCGACACAUGGAAUCAGGAGGAUAUUGAAACAAGAAAACAACUUGUUAAAGCACUCUAUGAUAUUGGAUAUUCUGACGAGCAACUUGAAAUUAUCGAUACUCAUAAAGAUCUUGUGCACACAUUGUCUGAAAAGUCGGUAUCGUUUGUCCUCAACUUUUGCGAUGAAGGGUAUCAGAAUGACGCGCUCAAAGAGAUGCACAUUCCUGCACUUCUCGAUAUGGCCAACAUACAAUACUCUGGAGCUGGACCCAACUGUUUGACCAUUUGCUAUGACAAGGGACUGGUCAAUAGUACUGCUAGAACCCUUGGUGUGCCUACUCCACGGGAAAUGACAUAUCUGAGCGAUGUAGCUACCUCGGCUGUUGCUGAUCUCAACAAGGUUGACCAGCUGAUUCGCGAGCAAAUCCUAUACCCUGCUUUUAUUAAACCCAUCAAGGGUGAUAAUUCUCUUGGUAUUACCAGUCGCUCCAUCAUCCACAACAAAGCUGAGCUUGCAUCUUAUAUGGACGAGCUUUCUGGCAUCGGCAUUCGCGAUGUACUUGUACAAGAGUAUUUGACAGGCACAGAGUACGGUAUUGGAAUGGUUGGAAACUCAGAAACAGGAUUCCAUUUUUUCCCUACACUCAAAGUUGAUUACUCCAAGAUAGUCGAAAAGCAGCUUGAACCAAUUCUUGGAUAUGAAUCUAAAUGGGAUCCUAGCAGUCCGUACUGGUCCGAUAUAUCUUACGUUGCCGCAAAUCUUAGUGCAGAGGUAGACAAUGAUCUUCGAAAGGCAUGCGUUGUUCUCUGGAAACGAUUUGGCUGUCGCGAUUAUGCCCGAUUUGACUUUAGAAGUGAUGUUGGUACUGGAGACAACAAAGACGGACUUGGCGGCACAAUUAAACUGUUGGAAGUCAAUCCUAAUCCUGGCUGGUGUUGGGAUGGUAAACUUGCUUAUAUGGCCAAGCUUGAUGGAAUUGAAUACAAGGACAUGCUUCGUAUGAUCAUUCAAGUCUCUUGGACACGUAUUCAGCGUUCGUUAAUUUGACGUUUUCCAGUCGCACAAACACAAUGAGCUUACUUUUACAUAUUUUACUUGCUCAUUUACUGUUUUUGGACAAUCUUGAAGAUAAACUUGACAUGAUUUAAAGUACUUUAAGAAAUACCUGUUGUUAGCUACUCAAACACUUGACAAUUUAUAACUCGCUUGCCUUUGUGGUUAUAGUUUUUAUUUACUGCCUUUAUCAUUUUGAUUCAUUUAGUUUUUGUUAUUUCAUCUGAAUUGUUUUGAAUCUGAUUUUUAUCGAGUUUACAAUAAAUAUUGAACUACUCUUUU